AGCCCGCUGAUGUCGUUCUGUCCCGUUCUCUCGCUAAAGGAAAUGAGCGAAGAUGGAUGCAUAAAAUGAUAGUUUCUUAUUGUGGAUAGGGAGAGAGAAAGGAAGAUAGGAAGAUAGAAAUUCUUAUUCAAUUAAUUGUGAAAAAUGGCAGAUGAUGAUUUUGAUGGGGACGAAGUAGCAGAUGAUUUUGAUGAUGUUGACGACGACGACAACAUUGAACUAGAGCCUCAAGAGGAAGAUGGAGAGAAUAUAGAACUACUUGCAGCUGGCGAAGCCACUGGUGGGGUGCAAAGAUCAAAACGGAUUACAACUAGAUACAUGACAAAGUAUGAACGGGCUAGGGUGUUAGGAACAAGAGCAUUACAAAUAGCUAUGUGUGCUCCAGUAAUGGUAGAAUUAGAAGGAGAGACAGAUCCACUACAGAUUGCUAUGAAAGAACUAAAACAAAGGAAAAUUCCAAUAGUCAUUAGACGAUAUUUACCUGACAACAGUUAUGAAGAUUGGGGUAUAGAUGAAUUAAUUAUCAUAGAUCAUUAAUUUAUAAUUGAUUCUGUAUAUUUAAAUCUAAACUAAUUUAAGAAAUCUUGGAAUUUAUUGUAUCAAUAAUAUUUCAAUUUUUAUGAAAUUGGAUACAUGUACAAAAGAUGAAAGAACAAUAAACGUUUAUUAAUGUAAA